GGCGCCCUUUGCAACAUCGCGAUCCCCUUUGCUCGAUCCCACUUCCCUCAGGCAGCCACCACCCAAACCCUAGAGUAACACUGCAAAAGCCAUGGCCGCCGCCGACCCCAUCUGGAUGAUGCUCGACCGCUUCGUCUUCCGCAGGGAUCCCGCCGAGUCCUCCAUCGAAGACCGCAGCUAUUCCUUCUCGGCCAGCCACAUCGCCGGGUCCACCCCCUUCACCGUUGCUUUCCGCGUCCUCAGCCCCCCGGAGAUCUCCCGCCUCUACCUGAAGUGGCCGCCUCUGCUAGAUCCAAUGAAUGGCUCUUCGUGCGAUCUCGUGGCGGCGCACGACAACCUCCUCCUGAUCAGCCUCACCUCCAGCCCCGGGACUGUGAACACGUACAAGUCCCCAGUUUAUCCGCAGGAACACUUCAUCUGCAGAGCCUCCACCUCGCCGUCUCAGCCGUCACUGAUGCUCCACAAGAUCCCGAUGUGUACGGAACCGUUGGUCGUGCGUGGGAACAAGGACAAGGUGAUAACUACACAGCGCUCAUUUCAUCCUCACACUGUCGGUAUCUUGUGCCGUGGUGAUGAAGAGUUCGCCGUGGCACAGCUGAGCUUAAGUAGACCCAAUCUAGUAGCCGGUAUGCAAGCUGACCUGUGCGUGCUUCGCUCCAGUGUACACAACUGUGAUCACAAGUGGGAGGUUGAGCAGCAGCUACCGAUCCAGUGCAAGUUCUCCGAAUCAUCUGACUUGAUCUAUUGGAAAACUGACACAGUCAUCCCUUUCAAGACUGCUCUGUACUGGGUCGACUUCUGCAGCGGAGGUAUGCUAUUCUGUGAUGUCUUCCAGGAAAGGCCUGCCAUCUCUUACCUUCAAUUGCCUAUUUGUAACCGAAAUCCUGGUUAUGAAGUACGCCCAUUUCAUGAUAUGCACCGUUCUGUGUGCAUCACCAAAGGUGGCCAGGAGCUCAACUUCAUUGAUGUCGUCCGUGAGGAUGGUAAGCAUGUUGGCCCAAUGAGCCCUGAUACUGGUUUCACUAUCAACCGCUAUGCUUUGAUGACAAGCAGCUGUGGCACCUUGACUUGGAAAAAAUUCGUCGUCAAAUCUUCUGAAUUGGACUCUCUCGAAACCUCUCCAUCUCAAGCUCUGACGUUCCCUCUUGUGAGUAUGGACAAUCCAAACAUGGUGCACUUUCUGCUAUCUAAGAAAAUGGCGGAUGGAAUCGACAACGUUUCUGUGGUUACUGUUGAUAUGAAAGCCAAGGAAAUGGUGUCGAGUCAUCCUUACAUUAAGGGUAAUGAAGACCUCCUGGGCAAAGACGCGGAUAUGGUCAGACGAAAGUCCCAUCUUCUCCAGCCAUUUAUUUCCUCCAGGCUUCCAAAAUUCUUCAAUCGCUCCAGCUUCAAGCGGAAGGUGCAAACAAGACGCCAGGAUUAAAUCAGGCAGCCAAUUAUCGUCAAUGUCUAGACAUCCUGCAUCGUAAUAUUACGAUCAUGAAAAAAAAACACUAGCUAUCUGAUGCACUAGUUUAUUAAUAGUAUGAUAUCUCCAAUGAACUUGUAGUAGCAUGUGAUGUUGUAUCUUGGUUAAUAACUGCCAAAACUUACUGUGGGUGCGAAAUGUGAAGACUUCUGUUAUGUGGUUUAUCAUGGUAAAUCUUUUUUCCUGA